UUAUCUAUUUAUCUGAGCGUUGGAAACAUGGAGGUUUGGAGCAAGAAAAUUAAAAGAGUUCAGUAUAACUUCGGAUUUUAGAGAUGGAGAAUGCACUAACCCUGAAUUUACGCUGCAAAAUUACAUUGAGAUGGCAGUCCACCUACGAUAACAAGAAGAAGAUGAAGAUUUUCUGCGGAACCCAAUUCCCAAAAGCAACCAGGCAUUGUUGUCUAUCCUCUAUCCGCCCAUCACCGCCAGGGCCGGAUGGCUCUUCUUGCAAAAACCAUACCGCGCUUCUCGUUGAGACCUAUCAUCACCACCGGCGGCUCAAGGCCUUACUUGAGAGGCUGGAGAAGGACGACUCUUGCCCUUUGCAAAUGCUUCGAGAUGACGGAGAUUGGACCAAGGACAUCUUUUGGGUUGUCAUUAGGUUUCUCAGACGUGCCUCCAGAUCCAAUGAAAUUCUCCAGGUUUUUCAUAUGUGGAAGAAUAUAGAGAAAUCAAGAAUCAAUGAAUUGAACUAUGAAAAGAUUAUAGGAUUGUUAGGUGAAGAGGGAAGGGUGGGACAAGCAGUCCAGGCACUACGAGAAAUGGGGGGAUAUGGUCUUAAACCUUCUUUGGAGGUUUACAAUUCAAUUAUUCAUGCUUAUGCCAGGAAUGGAAAGUUUGAUGAUGCUUUGUCUUUCCUCAAUGAGAUGAAAGAAAUUGGUUUGGCACCGGAAACGGACACGUAUGAUGGGCUAAUUGAAGCAUAUGGAAAAUAUAAAAUGUAUGAUGAAAUUGGUACAUGCUUGAAGACGAUGGAAUUGGACAGGUGCCGACCUGACCAUUUUACCUAUAACUUGCUUAUCCGUGAGUUUUCACGUGGUGGCUUGCUCCAAAGAAUGGAACAAGUUUAUCAAAUCCUUCUCUCAAAACAGAUGAAUUUGCAGUCUUCUUCUUUGGUUGCAAUGCUUGAGGCUUAUGCAAACUUUGGGAUUCUAGAUAAGAUGGAGAAGGUUUAUAGAAAGGUUGUGAAUUCGAUGACUUUAAAGGAGGAUACAAUUAGAAUAUUAGCCAGUGUUUAUAUCAAGAACUACAUGUUUUCAAGAUUAGAUGAUUUGGGUAUUGACCUUUCUUCAAGAACUGGUAGAAAUGAUCUUGUUUGGUGUUUGCGCCUCCUUUCUCAUGCCUGUCUUUUGAGCCGAAAAGGGAUGGAUUCUGUUAUCCUGGAGAUGUGUGAAGCAAAAGCUUCAUGGAAUGUAACAAUCUCAAAUAUUAUCUUGCUAGCUUAUAUGAAGAUGAAAGAUUUCAAGCGCUUGAGAAUUUUACUUUCUCAAUUACCAAGCCAUCAAGUAAGACCUGAUAUAAUCACUAUUGGAAUUUUAUCGGAUGCUAUCGAGAUUGGAUUUGAUGGGGCUGAAGCUUUAGAGACUUGGAGAAAAAUGGGCCUUCUUUACAGAACUGUAGAAAUGAACACUGAUCCUCUGGUUCUCAUUGCAUUUGGAAAGGGGCAUUUUCUUAGAGAUUGUGAGGAGAUAUAUACCUCCCUUGAACCUAAAGCCAGGAAAGAGAAAAGAUGGACCUAUCACCACCUUAUUGAUUUAGUAAUUAAACACAAAGCAAAGCAGCCAUAGCGCAAGACAGUCUGUCAAAGUCUGGGUAAACUAACCUAAAGUGCAUACAGAUUUCCAAAUUGUCAAUAGUUGUUAUACCUCGAUGGAAGCAUCACACUUUCUAUAAUGAAAACCGAUAAAUCUUCUCAUUACUGACCAGAAUUGUGGACUAUGACUAGAAACAUCAAGGAAACCUAAUCUGAGGAGUAUUCUUCAUGGGAUAGCCUCUAUUUGUUUCUACAUAACUACUGUUGCCAUCUGUAUCUUAUGUAAAAGCAAACCUGCUGCCUUCAUAAUGAACAGAUAUGAUUCAAUGCCCUUGUUCACAUCGUUUAUGUAGAAAAAAUAGUUUCCAUAAGCGGAUAUUAAUCUCCGUGCUUGUCGGC